AUGGCCUACAGCAGUGAGCGGAUGUUUAUUAUGCCAGUUACUACUCUACCAGUCGUCAACAUUACAACAAACUCCAAUGGAAAUGUUUCUGGCAACUGUGUGGUGACGUCAUCGUCUGAUGGGUCAGGUUACGGCUCAAUAUUGUUGUCUGUUAUCAUCGCCAUUGAAAGAUGCGUGUGUGUGUUGUUGCCACUGAGAGCAAAGUUGUUGCUGAAAACCAGGAACAUGGCCAUCAUCAUACUCACUGGAGUGCCUCUUGUUAGCUUUCUUAGGCUGUGUGUACUUGCAAAAUAUGUAUUUGUAUGUUACUUUGACAAAAGGACAAAGGUAGCAUCUAUGGGGCUUUUUGUCACGGACUAUGCGACGAGGAACAAACAGUUAGUGGAUUUUGUAGAUGGAAUAUUCUACGGAUUUAUCAUGGCCGUGGCCUGUCCUGUUAUAGUCUUGAUCGCUACUGUCAUCACUAGUAUUAGACUGUGGCAGACUGUCGCAUGGCGAAAACAAACAUCAACAAGUAAUGCACAGAAGGAACUGACAGUGACAAAAAUGCUUAUUUUUUUAUCUUUCGAGUUUUUGUCAUUCAUCUUUCCGAGGGUUUUGCUGAGAGUUUACCCUUUAUUCAACGGAGAGUUCAACGCUAAAGGCAAGUACCGUUAUUUUUACCUCGCUUGUGCCAGCAUCGGAGAGGUGUUUGUCUGCAUGGGGUCUUCCUUUAGUUUUGUUGUCUACUAUUUCACUAGUACGAAAUUCCGAUACAUUUGUCAUGGCCUCUUUAGUAGGCAGCAAAGACAUGAAAAAGGCGACAGUGUGACAAAGCAGACCAGAGAAAAGUAA